UGCUGUGUUGUCAACCAACUACGACCUAAAGGUCUAUAUUACCAGGACAUAAAAUAAAAAUAAAAAUGUCAACCAGCUGUCAUGUGUCCAGUGCUUCUGCCCAUGCGAAUUGUUUUUAAUUAGCGUGAAAUCUUUCAUAAUCAAUGCUAAUUUUAUAAAUUACAUAAAUAUUGAAUACAACACAUUAGUUUUAAAUUUAAUUCUACAAUAAUUAGAAACAGCCAUUAUGACAUUAUAUCAUUUCGGAAACUGUCUCGCGUUGGUGUAUGCGCCAUAUCAUAUGGCUUACAAGUUUUCGGGAAUAUCAGAAUAUGCUACGUUUUCAAAAUGUGUAUAUGCUGGGGGUUUGUACAUAUUCACACAAUUGUGUAAAAUGUUACUACUCGCCACAUUUUUCCCAGAUUCUGACAGUCAAAUUAAUGGAGAAUACGAUGUUUUUCUUGAGAUCCUCAAGGCUACUGUCGACUUUGCAGACCUGUUGGGCCUGUAUUUUGCUCUGAACUCGGUGCCCGGCAAGGGACAUGCAAAGAUCCUGACAUCUGCUAUCGGUUGGGCAAGUGCAGAGGUGGUGGUGAGCCGCAGCGUGCUGCUGUGGGUGGGCGCGCGGGGCUCGGAGUUCGACUGGCGCUACGUUCGGUCGUGCGCGGAGGCGAACGUGGCGCUGGUGCAGCACGCGGGGAGCGCGGCGCUCGUGUGGCUGUGGUCCCGCAGCGACCUGCCGCGCGCGCACGCCCCGCUGGUGCUGUGGCUGCUGGCGCUGACGCCGUACCGGCCGCUGCUGGAGGAGGCGGUGGCGGCCGUGCUGUCCCUCAGCGCGUGGUCGCUGCUGGCGGUGCGCGCGCUGCACGCCUCGGCCGUCGCGCUCACGGCAUUAGCUAUGUAUGCUAUCUUGUCGCAACAAAUUGCUCUUUAAAUAAUUGUACGUAAAAAUACAUUUUAGAUAUUGUGUACAGAUGAUGAUGAUGAGAUGUAGUGUAUGCAACU